CUUUUCAAUCAGGUUAUCCAUGACAGCUUCCUGCCCGAUGCGACUUCACAACUAUCCAAUGGACAAGCAGACCUGUAAAUUAGAGUUUGAAAGUUUUAGCUACCCUAUCACAGAACUCAGCUUCAAAUGGAGGAAAGAAAGCGGAAAUAAAGAGGUUGUAGUAUCAGACGAACUGGAAAUUCCACAGUUUAUUCUAACAGAAUAUUCGACAUCUUCAGAACUGGCCAACUUUACAACAGGUUCAUAUUCUAGACUAAGAGUGAUAUUCAAGUUUGAACGUAGUAUUGGAUUCUUUUUAAUCCAAACCUACAUUCCCGCUUACCUAAUCGUCAUGCUAAGCUGGAUUGCUUUCUGGAUACAUUACACUUCAACUCCUGCGAGAAUAGGCCUGGGAAUAACUACUGUCCUCACCAUGACAACCCUUACUAACAGCGCACGCGCCUCUUUACCAAAGGUCAGUUACGUAAAGUCAAUCGAAUGGUUUCUUAUCAUGUGCUUUACAUAUGUCUUUAUGUCUCUGGUGGAGUUUGGAUGCGUCUCCUAUGAAGUGAAGAAGAAGUUACGAAAGGGUAUACAAAUUCCCGCUACGAACGAUCAAGAACUACAAGAAAGAGACAAACAAAAUAUCACCUACAUAUCUGAAAACGAAACUGUUUUCAAUAACGGCCAGUGUAAACUACGCCCAUUACAGUUUUCACUGAGAAACCGACGUAACGAACCUCCAACCCCCAGAAUGAUCAAACAACGAUCUUUUUCCCAGAAAGAAAUCGAAGCAUUGGAACCUGCUGUUGACAAGUAUGCGCGAGUGCUGUUUCCAGUAUCUUUCAUUUGCUUGAACAUCACUUAUUGGAUUCUAACAUACAACGCGUCGAGGUCUAAUUGACAUCAAAUAUAGACCCAGCCAACCAUAGCGGGAUAUCAUAGCGCGGUUACAUUUUUUGUGCCCUCUCCGGAAGCAGUGCGAACUCUGUGCAAGAUCUACUUUAUAUUAAGGGAUGGUCGGCUCGUCCAACAAUCCUUUGUGCACGUCUAAAAUAAUGGAUAUUAAACAAGAUGUAACAUGAGUAAAUCAGGAUGCAGGUCGUCAUGCAGCUAGAGAAGCGCAACUGCAUAAGAAAAUCUUAGAAGGCGUCGUAUUUGUAGCAUAUUUUCGUUAUGUUCCUUUGUCUUUUCUUUUCCUUCUCGGGAUCUUCUUUAAUUAAAAUCGAAAUAUUCGAUAUUGGAAAGUAUUUGCUAAUAGUUUCUCUACAAGUGAACUAGUCUGAGUGCCUGUAAUGAUACUUACUAGUAACGAAUUUUAUGUGGUUAUGAAAAAUAAUGGCAAAGUUCAAGGUCAAGUUCAAAAAUGGCGACAUUUAAGCCAACCAGUAAGGAAGCUACUUCUUAUCCAAUCAGGAAACGAAAACGCGGUAAAGUCUUAAUCGUAUUUUGUCGAUUUUGAGUCCGUGCCGUCAUUUUUUCGCAAUCGCAUAGCACCUGCUCAAGUAUAGAAAGUCAAGAAGGCAUUUCGUAUGAGUGGGGAACUAUAAGCAACCGUAACUACGCGUUGUCAUUGGAUGGAUUACUGAAAGCCGAAUAGGAAGCCAUUUCAAAGUUCAAGGACAUUUCGUACCGUGUAUAUGCUGUAAGUCAUGCAGUACCGUAUGCUGCCACUCAUCAUUACAAAGACCGCUCAAAUAUGCAGCAGUAAUACGCUUGUCUUGAUGUUGCCCCAUCACAUAGAGAUCUUAUCUUUAGCAUUAUGAUUAUGUAAUAUUUAGGAGAACAGUAAUUCCUUGAUUCAAUAUGGGACGACUUUUAGCCAAGCUGCCCAUAGUUAACUAUGAGCUGCCUUGAAUAGGUAGUAUGUGUUGUAAAUGAAAUUGAAUGUGAAUUGAAUUCUUAUCCUUUGUCUUAUUGAAUCAAAAAUAAGUUAUACAAAAUCAAUAUAAAAGCCGCAUUGAAUCAGCUUAACGUACCUUCAAAUCAAAGCCAAGGUCAGCCAAUUAGAUUCAAUAAUUCCUACAGAUAUAUGAAUUCAUCUUUACUUAUGAAUGUAUUGUAAAUGCUAAAUAAAUCAUAGGCCUUUAGUUCUUG